CGUAAUGCUUCUGGUUGCCAAGGGAACAGCGUUCCUGGAGGCAGGAGGGCUUUGUACGCAAAGCUCCUUCCCCCUCCAGAGAAGCUGGGGUGGCGGGAAAGACCCCUCCCCUUUGGGGGACAGUUGGGGACGCUGAGUGUCAGCCGUACGCUUCUGCACCCGUCAAUGAUCCGCCGACUGGCGACUGCCUCCCAGAGUUUCCGCGGGGAAGGAUAUCGAUGGAUAUUAUAAAGGGAAACUUAGAUGGAAUUUCAAAACCAUCCUCAAGUUCAAGAAUACGUCCUGGGAGUAGAGAUUCGAGUACUUCUUUGGAGGUACUUUCACCAGAACCGGCAUCCUUCAAGGUUGAUACUGCAAUCAAGUUGAAUUCUGGUAAAGAGAACAACUCAGACAGCGGCAAUGCAGAAGAAAGUAGAAACGAUGAUGAUAAAGGGGAAAAGGACUCUGAAAAGCCAAAAUUGGUGGAGGAUGGAUCAGACGAAGGUCUGAACUUUGUUCAACAUCAGACAGUCCUUGACUGUUCAGAUGAACCUGAAUUAAAAGAAUUAGAUUCUCAACUUCAAGAUGCUAUUCAGAAGAUGAGGAGGCUUGAUAAGAUAUUGGUGAAGAAACAAUAUAGAGAAAAAGAAAUUAAGAAGCAAGGUCUAGACAUGAGAAUAAAGCUGUGGGAAGAACUCAAGUUGGCAAAAACUGGUGAAACUUUGCAAAGUAAUGAGGAAAUGGAAAAUACAAAAAAGUUUCUAGCUUUGACUGAUGCAUCAGAAGAAACUGCCGAUCCUUGUCCCUAUGAGCAUGAAGACACCUUUUUCUCAGUGUUUCACACUCAGGUCCCUCCAGAAGAAUAUGAAAACCGUAUACAGAAAGUCAGUCAAGAUUUUACCUAUGAUGUGGGAGGAAACGAGUCAUUGAUCAAAGCAGAAAAGAAACAUUUCUCAAAUACAGAAAAGACUGAGCUCAGGGGUAAACAUAGCCAGGAUUUUAUCAAAAGAAACAUUGAGUUGGCCAAGGAUUCAGGGAAGCCAGUGGUUAUGAUGGAUACAGAGAGGAAAAGGCUGAUCGAACUUUUGAAGGACUUAGAUGACAGAGAUUUGGGGCUGCCCCGUCCUGAGGGCGAUCAGUCUGGCUGGCUGGUUCCAGGAGAAGGAUACACACUUGCAACCACCGAGCACCAGCAGCUUGCUGAAAUUGACUCAAAGCUCCAAGAACUUUCUGCAGCCUCACCAACAACUUGCAGCAUUUCUCCAAGACUUGAAAACCAGAGUGAUCAGGAACCUGACUUUCAUGAUGAUGAUAGAAACAUGGAAAUAACUCCAGGAGAAAAGGUGCUUCGGAAUACCAAAGAGCAACGGGAUCAGCAAAACCGGCUGAGGGAGAUCGAUGACAGACUGAGGAAACUGAAGGAAAAUGUGUUAGAUUCAACAUCACUUCUCUCUGAGGAACAGUUAAGGUGUCUUCUGGAUGAAUGCACCCUCAAACAAAAGUCCAUGAUUAGACUACCCUCAGAAAGAGAAAAGGAAGACAUGGAGGAUAUAACACCAGAGGUCCCCCAUCUUUCCAGUUCUAUCCUCUCUGAGCUCCUAAAGGGAUUAGAAACAAUGGUCAAGAGCUCUGAGGUGAAAGACACAGAUAUGCCUGAGAAUACGGAAUGUGAAACACUUACAGGCUACUAUCUCACCAAAGCCUUGACUGGGCGUUACACACCCCAGGCCCUUGUCAUCGAAGUAGAGAAUUUGAAAUGCCUCCAGUUUUCCAAGGACGAGGUUAUUAGUGACACAAAAGACUACUUUAUGUCGAAGACUCUUGGCAUUGGAAGACUGAAGAGGCCCUCUUUCUUGGAUGAUCCACUGUAUGGCAUGAAUGCGAGCCUUUCAUCCGAAGACCAACAUCUGAAAGUCCACGCUGCAGAGAAACCAGAAACGGAUGAACAGGAGACUGAAGAUAUGAUGGAAGAAUGUAAAGAAUCUUAAGCAAAGACUUGCUGGGCGUGUUUUAAGAAAGUUGGGUAAAUUCAAUUACAUAAUUUUUUCUGAAUUCUUAUAUUCAAUGACUGCAUUUAUAGGGACCAUUCCUCAAAUAAUGAUUUUAAUAUUUGGAUGUUCUCUACCUGGAUUAUAUUUCUUUGAUAUUUUUGAGACUUGGGGUACAAUUGGUCAGUGGGUUGUUUUUAAUUGAAAUUUCUUGUAAAAUUGUAUUUUAUUGCCAAUCUUGUAACAUCAGGGAUACAUUAUAGAAACCAACAUUUUAUGUAUGUGUGAGUUAUGUUAAAACUAGCUGAAGUGCUACGAUGACUUUGUGUUUGAUUUUAUGUGUUACAACUUCACUGGGAUUCAGACAGAUUUAAUCACUGUGAAUUCUUACUUGGGCCCUGAUUUUCCAGAUUUCCUCCUCUCUGAUGUCUGGUGGUAAGUAUAACUUGCCAAAGGAAAAAAAAAAAAGAAUUUUCUCAACAAAGCAAU